AUGGAUUUUAAUAUUUUAAAUAAAACUUCAGACUCUGGUCCUCCAAUGGUGGACAACUUUACACUUCUCUACUACGACCAGGAAGACAAAACUGUGGACUACGAACGCAGGGAAACGAGCGAAUUGACUGAGGAGGAGGCCUAUAGGAGGGACCUGAAAAGAAGGCUGGACGACGUCGCGAAGCUGCGAGACGAAAUAAUAAAUAAGAACCAGGCGCGGUACUCCACGGAACAGAAACUUAAAAUACAGCUCAACGACUCGAGGAACCAGACGAAGCACUUCGGAGUGCUCAGCAGCAACCAGUCGGCGCUGAUGCAGGCAAUCGACUCGAACUACAAGCGCCUGAAGCUGCUGUACGAAAAGAUAUACCACCUGCAGCUGGAGUUGCAGAAGAGGUACAUAUCGCUGUCCGAGACCCUGGAGAGGCGCUCAGAGGAGCUGGUGGAAAUGCACAAAAACUCGAGGCUGGCGUCGACGGCGCUGUACGAGUAUAAGAAGAACAAGUAG